GAUAUCAAUAAAAAUAGUCUUGUUUUAGAUGAACCCCCAAAAAGAAAUCCCUGUAUUGGACGAUGACGGGUUCUUCUUGAGCGAGAGUGUCGCUAUUAUGCAGUACAUUUGCGAUAAAUACAAGCCAGGGUCAUCUUUGUACCCCACGGAUCCGAAAGCCAGGGCCAUUGUUAACCAACGUCUGCUGUUUAACUUGACGACUUAUUACGCUAAUGUAGCACCUUACACGAUGGCCCCUAUCUUCUUCGCUUACGAGCGUACCCCAGAAGGCUUGAAGCGAGUCCACAUGGCUUUAGAAGUAUUCGAAACCUAUCUCACACGUCUAGGCUCCAGCUACGCCGCCGGUGACCAGUUGACCAUCGCAGAUUUCCCUCUCAUUAACACUACCAUGACCCUAGAAGCCGUUGGUGUGGACUUCUCGAAAUAUGCUAAGAUAAACCAAUGGUAUAAUAACUUCAAGAAUAAUCAUCCGGACUUAUGGAAGAUCUCAGCAGCCGGCAUGAAAGAGAUCAAACACUUCGACGCUAACCCACCGGACUUGUCUCAUCUUAAUCAUCCCAUUCAUCCGGCUAGGAAACAAAAAGCCUAAAUUUCCUACUAACUAAGUAUAUUAAUAAAUGGUGUUAUACUACGAUA